AUAACAACACAUUCAUCAAUAUGCUCGCUCUCACCAUGUCUGCGGAGCUCGAGGGUGUCACGGAUCUCGUACCCGAUGACACCGAAGCCAAUCCGUUCUACUACACUUUCAAGGUGCAAUGCACAUCAUGUCGUGAGAUCCAUCCCAAUUGGGUCUCCUUCAACCGCUUUGAAACAGCCGAGCAAUCUGGUAGCAGAGGUGAAGCCAACUUCGUGUGGAAGUGCAAAAACUGCAAGAGAGAACAUACGGCCAACAUCCAAGACUCCCCUCAGUCAUACUCGCAGCAAAGCCCUCCCAAGCCGAAGAACAUCAUCACCCUAGAUUGCAGAGGGCUGGAGUUUGUGGAGUUCAAGGCAGAUGGUGACUGGAAGGCCUCAGGCCUCGAAAGCGGCACCAAGUUCACCAGCAUUGAUCUCACAGAAGGCGAGUGGUUCGAGUACGACGAGAAGUCCAGUGAGGAGGUCAGCAUCAAGGAUAUCAAGUUUGAUAUCAAGCGGGCGUAGAAAGGCUCGUCUACUUCACGCAAGAACUACAAAGCCACAUCACACCUCUUCGGAGGAGCCACAGUGGCGCAUAACUGAGGCUGUGUGUCACUUUCGGCUAAGCCCGUUAUUGAAUACGAUGACAGUGCCAGGGAAUGCCAGGCGAGCAACAAGUUGACUCCCAUUGCUGUGUCUGUGAAAGGUCGAAUGCUACGGCAGUGCCUUGAUGGAAAUUUUCGGCAAAAUUGCCAGCCGAGCUCGCUUAUGCUCACUUUCAGACUUUUUGCUAUACGGCACAUACCUCUGUUUGACCCAGGGGUCAAAGAACGCCCAAUACAAAUGCUGAGAGUGAUGUUCGCAAACAGAGUCAUGUCAGUAUUGAGACGAGACUUGAGCCCGAUUGACGUGAUCACCAAUCUAGUGACCGAAAAUCGCGCCGGGCGCGAGUAUCAAUCUGAGGGCCACGGUAGAAGGAUCGAAACCGAGAGUACCAACAGUUGCUACCCUCCCCAGGUACCCAUGUUCAAAGGAGGAUAGCAGUCAGUGCAGACUGCAAAGUUCUUUGUUUCAACACAGACAGAAUACGGUCAUUGUGCGGGCCGCUCGUGCUACGCUCAAGGAGAUCUUCUGGGAUGAUAAGUAUAAAGCCACAAUACUUUUUUUCCUUUGUCUCCUGAUGAUUCAUUGACGUGCACAGAACCGUCGAUCGCGGCGAGCGGCUUCACAUACUACAACAACCACGAAAAGCUUGUCGUGUAUAGCCCAG